UGCGACAGGGCUGCAUCACGGGACUGCGGGCGUUAAGGAGUCUGUUUCCUUCUCUUCCUUUCGUUCACGCCCCUGUGGAUGCGCCACUGCAGCGGCAGGCAUCGCCAUGGGGUUUUAGACUCGAUCGAUCUCAUCUGAAGGUCCUUGGCAGCACGCGAGCCAUCGCAAAGUGGCCAACAUGGACAACCACGCACAGCCAGAUGCCGCCAGCCUGGAGGAUCGUCUUAGGCGCAUGAUUCUCCUCAAUGGCUCCGUGCCCGACGACUCCUCCUUGGCCUCAAGACUGGGACCGCCAUCGCUGCCGCCUCCAUCGAAUCCACGCCCGCUCCCCACCUCUGAGCCUCCAUCUCCAUACGCUCAGCCAUGGAGCGCCAGUGACUCCCCCAGUCCAGCGUCUCCUCACAGGCAAGCCUUGCCACCCCCGACGCCGCCGCGCUUCCCAACACAGCAAUUGCCACGAUUCCUGCCGCCACACGUGCACAAUCACGCUCCGCCUCAGGCUCCGCAUCACCACCACCAAUCCCAUCAUCCUGUCCCCCACUCUCGUCAAUAUGCCGCUGGCGCUCCGCCACCAGGUCCUCAACAAGGUCGAGGUGGCUUCCGGGGCGGCGGUCAGCGCGGUGGCGGCUCUUUUCGACAGCAGCGCAGUCAGCAGAUUCACCUCGAUCCAGAAGCUUUCCAACGAGGCGCAUCUCACCAAGGCCAUGGAAGACCUCCACCCACGAAUCGCAACCUGUACAAUCCCAACGCUCGGACAGCACACCAUCCUCCUGUAAGUCGAGAUGUCGUUCGCCAACGGCAAGCUGAAUACUUGGACGACUUAGCAGCUCGUGAGAUCUCCACUGUCGACAUGAGCCAGGCCGAACGAGAUGACAAAAGCUCUUUCCGCAUCGCUCUUGAACACGUCUGUCAUCGAGUGUGCGAGGCAAAUCCAAGUCUACCGAGAGUAUCAUUGCAAUGCUUUGGUAGCUUCGAAUCGGGAUUUGCAAGCGCCGGCUCGGACAUGGAUCUGGUUAUCGUGGUUGAAGGACAAGCCGAAAAAAAUGCCUGCUUUUCUUUACUCGCCGACGACUUGCCUCGAGUUCUAGAGCAGGAGCUUCUCAGGGUGGGCUUUGGCGCGAGACUCCUCACAAGAACCCGAGUGCCGAUCAUCAAAAUCUGUCAGCACCCUGGUGACUGUCUUCUCGACAAGUUGCGCGCUGAACGUGAGAGGUGGGACUCUCUUCCUAAUGAGACCAAGUAUCCUCAUCUACACCGAGAAGAAGACGAAACGGCAGAAGACGAUGUCGCCGCUGCAGCAGAGGCUGUCACUUCUGGGGAUGUUGCAAUCGCAUCCACAGAAGCCGUCGCUGAGAAAGCUACAUCUGAUGCCGCCGUGGAAAAGGCCACGGUCGAGACGACAGAUACGCAGUCAAAACGCGACACCGUUACCACAAAUGGCGCUGCUACCGGGCAAAAUUCGAAGCGCGAUGCUCCAAAGACUUGGACGAGAGAGCGUAAGGCCGGUCCACUCGAUUUCCCGAAAGACGGCGUCGGUAUUCAGUGCGACAUCAACUUUUUCAACCCACUCGGACUGCACAACACCCAGAUGCUUCGAUGCUAUUCCAAGUGCGAUCCGCGAGUGCGGCCGAUGGUGCUGUUCGUGAAAUCGUGGGCAAAAGGCAGAAAGAUCAACAGUUCAUAUUCUGGCACUCUCUCCAGCUACGGCUAUGUGCUGAUGGUGUUGCAUUAUCUCAUGAAUGUGGUGCAGCCUCCGGUCUUGCCAAACUUGCAAAUGCCUUGGCGACCACACGCUGCAUGCACACCACCGGGUGCUACACGUGCAGAGGUAGAUGGAUGGGUGGUCGACUUUUGGCGCAACGAAGACGAGAUUGAACAAGCUCUGCAAAUGGGCCAGAUGAGCUCGAAUAAAGAGAGCCUUGGCUCGCUGCUGGCAGGUUUUUUACAGUAUUACUCAUCCAUGGGUAAUGGCCCACAGUUCCGAUGGACUCAGCAAGUACUCUCCUUGCGUACUCCAGGCGGUAUCCUCACGAAGGACGCCAAAGGCUGGGUCAAGGCCACGACUGAAGAGGGCGAAGGCAAGAAGAUUCAGCAUCGCUAUCUGUUUUGCAUCGAAGAUCCUUUCGAGCUCGAUCACAAUGUUGCUCGGACUGUUACGCACAACGGCAUUGUUGCGAUCAGGGAUGAAUUUCGACGCGCAUUCAGAAUUCUUCUCGCCGUCGGAAACGGAAAUUCCAUCGUCAACCUUGGUGAACUUUGCGACAAGCUGAUUGAAGACGGCCAGGAAGAGCUAGCCAUGCAGCGGGACAUUGCGAAGCGCAACAACGAGAUUCUUGGCAUCAAAGAUGGAGCGCCAGAGCAAUUCGGUGGGCCGCAAGAGCAGGAAAUUCUCAAGAAGAAACUAUCGAAUGCACAACAGCAUAGUGGGCAACCGCGGAAUACCAAUAAUCAAAAACGCCAGCGAUCGCAAGGUCAGCAACCAAGACCGAAGCCGAAGCCCCUAGAUACAGACGACCAAGGAGCUUUCCCUACCCUGGGAGCUGCUAAGGACGUGAAUCCAAGGCGGAAGAAGAGCGGAAGUGUUGGCAAGGGCACCACCUACAACGAGAUCGCUGGUGAUCAGGCAGCUGCUUAUCUCGAAGAGUUCCGCCGGAAGAAAGCCGAGGCACAAGCUGAGACGACUGCUUUCGGUGCUGCCGAGAUGGUACUUAAUGGCGAUGAUUGAAGGAGUGGUUUCGUAUGCUGGUGGAUACCCUGUGCGACAAAAGGCCGUGCAAGACCAUCGGAGACACACGGGAAGUGCAUAGCAGAACAUCUGCACUUGUUACGAAGUACGAACUAAGACCCUGCGGGUUGCGAUAGAUGCUGGAAGCGACGUGAGCACCUUUUAGGUAGCUACCAGCAACGAGCAUCGGACAUGCCUCAGUUAAGCCGGUUCCAAUGACAUGAUUUGGGAGCUG